AUGUCUACUACUUCGACAGUAUUACCAUCUAUUCAAUUGAAUAUUAAUUAUGGAGAAAUCAAGAAUUCAAUAAAAGAUUUUUUGACCCAUUUCAAGACAUCGGGUGAUACUGAGUUCGAUCUUGAAGACGACGAUUUAACCAGCGGAGGACCUAAAUAUAUGCAUUUAUUGCAGAAAAUCGCUAAUAGAGAAAUUACAACAUUAUAUAUCGAAUUAGAUGACUUGAAGUCAUACCAGGAGAAUCAAUAUGUGCAAUCACAAUCGCAAUCAGUGAUUUCGCCUAGUUCGUUGAUUAAUCAAAUCACGAAGAAUACCUAUAGAUUUAUUGAAAUGUUCAGUUCAGUUGUAGACGAGUUAAUGCCGGAGCCAACAAAGGAUAUUUCGUACAAGGAUGACGUGUUGGAUGUCAUUUUACACCAAAGAAAAUUGAGAAACUUGAGAUUACAACAGGAGAACCACGAAGAAUUUAACAACUUGAGAGAUAAUUUCGACGACAAUAAUGAAAACCAACAAAUGACUCAAGAAGACCAACAAGCCGACAAUAUGUUUCCGUCGAAGUUGACUCGUCGUUACUACCUAUACUUCAAGCCUUUGAGCGAUCUGUUUAGAGGUUCUGGUAAACCUCUUGCUGUGAGAGAGAUCAAAGGUGCGUAUGUUGGUCAGUUUAUUACUGUCAGGGGUAUUGUUACAAGAGUUAGUGAUGUCAAACCUUCUGUUUUAGUUAAUGCUUAUACUUGCGACAAAUGUGGUUUCGAAAUUUUCCAAGAAGUUUCUUCAAAGGUUUUCACUCCUUUGACUGAGUGUACUUCACCAACCUGUAAGACUGAUAACAAUAAGGGUCAAUUAUUCAUGUCUACGAGAGCUUCUAAGUUCUCAUCUUUCCAAGAAGUGAAGAUUCAAGAAAUGUCAAAUCAAGUUCCAGUCGGACACAUACCAAGAUCCAUGACCAUAAAUGUUAACGGAGAUUUAGUAAGAUCUUUGAAUCCAGGUGACGUGGCUGAUAUUUCUGGUGUGUUUAUGCCAUCACCUUAUACCGGUUUUAGAGCAUUAAAGGCUGGUUUGUUGACAGAAACUUAUUUGGAAGCCCAAUACGUAAACCAACAUAAAAAACAAUACGAAUCAUUAGAAAUUACUCCAGAAGCCAAAGCUAAAAUUCAAGAUUUGUUCAAUCAAGGCGGUGUUUACAAUAGAUUAGCAAAAUCAAUUGCUCCAGAAAUUUACGGGCAUUUAGAUAUCAAAAAAAUCUUAUUGUUAUUAUUAUGUGGUGGUGUCACUAAAGAGAUUGGCGAUGGAUUGAAAAUUCGUGGUGACAUAAAUGUGUGUCUUAUGGGUGAUCCAGGGGUAGCCAAAUCGCAAUUGUUAAAGGCAAUUGGUAAAAUUGCUCCAAGAUCGGUUUAUACUACUGGUCGAGGUUCUUCUGGUGUUGGUUUAACAGCAGCUGUCAUGAGAGACCCAAUAACGGAUGAAAUGGUUUUAGAGGGUGGCGCUUUAGUCUUAGCUGAUAACGGUAUUUGCUGUAUUGAUGAAUUCGACAAAAUGGAUGAAUCAGAUAGAACGGCAAUUCAUGAAGUUAUGGAACAACAAACAAUUUCUAUUUCGAAGGCCGGUAUUACCACAUCUUUAAAUGCAAGAACUUCAAUCUUAGCAGCAGCAAAUCCUUUGUACGGUAGAUAUAAUCCUAGGUUAUCUCCUCAUGAAAACAUCAACUUACCAGCAGCUUUAUUAUCUAGGUUCGAUAUUAUGUUCUUGAUUUUAGAUCAACCUUCUAGAGAAUCUGAUGAAAAAUUAGCUCAUCAUGUUGCCUAUGUUCAUAUGCAUAACAAACAACCAGAAAUGGACUUUGAGCCUAUAGAUUCUUCCACGAUUAGACAGUAUAUAUCUAUUGCCAGAACAUAUAGACCAACUGUUCCUAAAGAAAUUGGUGAUUAUGUGGUACAAUCAUACAUAAAUAUGAGAAAAGAAUCUCACAGAAACGAAGGAUCGGUGAAGAAAUUUUCUCAUAUCACACCAAGAACCUUACUAGGUAUUUUAAGAAUGUCACAAGCAUUGGCAAGAAUCAGAUUUGACAACGUUGUUUCAAAUGAAGAUGUUGAUGAGGCCUUGAGAUUGCUUCAAGUCUCCAAGUCAUCCUUAUACGCAAAUGACGAACAAGUUAGAGAAGACGAAUCCUCAACUUCUAAGAUCUAUCAAAUCAUUAGAAAUAUUGCUAUUGGAGACGGAUCCAGGUUGUCGCAUACUCUUCCAUUACAAGAGUUGAGACAAAGAGUUAUUGCAAAAGGUUAUACUGCACAGCAAUUUGAUGAUUGUAUAUUAGAAUACGACCAUAUCGGCGUCUGGCAAAAAAUUGAUAAUGGCGAGACCUUAAUGUUCAUUGGUGGUGGUGAAGAUGAAGAUGAUGAAAUGGAAUAUUAG